AACGAAAUACAAAUAUAUAAGAGGUGAGAUGAAAAAUAUGAGAGAAAAUAAUAUUUGUUGCUUAAGUGAGGAAAACAUUUGUUGUGUUGAUCUACUGCUAGAAUAGGAGAAACUCUUACUUUCGUGAUUGCAUUUUGUUUUUUGUAACAACGACGUAUUGGGCUAUCAAAUGAUAAUUUAAAUUACGGUUUCGUUGAUUCUGUUAAGUAUUAGAGUACACAGAUUCGAUAACUGUAUUAUUUUCCAGGAAAAUGGGACAAACAUUAUCUGAGCCUGUUACUGCUAAAGAAACUUCAAGCUGUGCAAAUGAUUUUGUGAAAGUUGGAGCUUCUUGUAUGCAAGGAUGGCGAAUCAAUAUGGAAGAUGCACAUACACAUUUAUUAUCCCUAGCUGAAGACAAAGAAGCUUCUUUUUUUGCAGUUUAUGAUGGUCAUGGAGGUGCCAAAGUAGCAGAAUAUGCUGGAAAUAAUCUUCACAAAAAAAUUGUUUCCCAUCCAGCCUACAAGAAAGGGGACAUAGUCGAGGCAAUAAAAUCAAGCUUUCUUGAAGUUGAUGCAGAUAUGCUCAAAGAUGAAAACAUGAGGGAUGAAUUAGCAGGAACAACUGCUGUUAUUGUUCUUUUGAAGAAUGGAAAAAUUUAUUGUGGAAAUGUUGGAGAUUCGCGUGCAGUUGCUAGCGUUGCUGGCCAAGUACAGCAGCUGUCAUUUGACCAUAAACCUAGUAAUGAAUCUGAAACGAAAAGAAUUGUAGCUGCUGGAGGGUGGGUUGAAUUUAACAGAGUGAAUGGUAAUUUGGCUCUUUCAAGAGCUUUAGGAGAUUUUGUUUUUAAGAAAAAUGAAAAAAAACCACCUGAGGAGCAAAUUGUGACAGCCUAUCCUGAUGUUGUUGUUAAAGAUAUAACUCCAGAUCAUGAAUUCAUUGUCCUUGCUUGUGAUGGAAUUUGGGAUGUUAUGACAAAUGAUGAAGUAGUUGAUUUUGUAAGAACUAGAAUUUCUGCAAAAAUGGAGCCAGAGCAAAUAUGUGAAGAACUCAUGACACGAUGCUUAGCUCCUGAUUGCCAGAUGGGUGGUUUAGGAUGUGAUAAUAUGACAGUUGUUCUUGUUUGCUUAUUGCAAGGUGAAUCAUAUGAGGAACUGGCCAAUAAAUGUUCUAGAGUUUAUACUUCCCCUCAUGAUGCUACUUUGGUAUUGUCAGAAUCAUCUGCAUCUGAUGCAGAGGAUGAAUGUGAUGAAGAUAGCAGUAAAUCAGAUAACAUUCAUCAACGUGAUGAGUUACGGGACUGUAAUAUAUCAACAAAUAGGCCAUCAACAGUAGUAUCAUCCAAUCUUACAGACAAACAACCUCCUACUUCACAUCUGACUGGCUUAGUUCAAAUGGACAAUUCUGUAAGAGAAGGAGGGGAACUCGCUAUAGCAUAAGUAUAUUUAGCCUUAAAAAAAGAGAGAAAAAUGUAAGAUAUGUAGGUAAUUUCUGCACAAAUGGAUAUUUACUGUACAUAAUAAAAUAUGUUAAUGCCUGGAAACUUUUUAACUUGGGCACAAAAAAAAUGUAUACAACAUAUGAUUUAUAAUUUUUUCAUGUAUUUUUUCUUGUCAAAAAAUUGAAUGCUUUAGUAAAUUCAGUUGCAGGAAAUUUAAAAUUUUCGAGAUUUUAUUUGUUAGUUGCCUAUUUUUUUAAUUUAUGAGUAUGUAACAAGAAUUUCUUUCAACAUUUUAUGAGAUUAAAAUGAUUUUGAAUCAUUUUUUUUCCUCCUUUCUCUUGCUGUAUGUGUGUGAAAUUAAAAUUAUCUAGAUCUAUAGAAUGCAGAAAUUCUGAGUUGAGAUACAUGUGUGUUUUAUGUGUUUAUUACUUACCUUUUUAGAAAUAUAUACUGUGUUUUAGGGAAUUACAUAUGCAGUAAAUCUGUUGAUGCUGUGAUUUAAAAGUAUUGUUCAUGUUUUGGAUUGUCAUAUUAAAAUAUUUAUGGCUUGACUUUGUAUGACAAUUUAUACAUAGUUAAAUGUGUAUUAUUUAUAUUUUUGGUAUGUUAAUAUGGCCCAUUAUAUCUUAUAUUGUCAUUAUAUCCUGCUGCUUUUAAAAUAUCAAAUUUCACUGAUUUUGAGACUUCAAUGCUUUUGCUUCAUAAUUUUUUCAUGGUUGUAAUGGGCGUUUUACAUGUUACAAAAAUGGUACUUCUUCCUUCUUGCAUUAGUGACCCUCCGAAGAAUUAAAAAUUUCAUGAAAAUUCUCAUUGGUGUCAGCCAUUCAAAGAAACAUUGCUUUAGAAGUAUUCAGUAUUUGAUUAAAUUUUUGUCUGUUGUAACCAAAAGAUGCGAGAUGUGCAUUUAGAAAGGGGGAAAAGAAAGAAAUUGAAAAUUAAAGAAAUUAAAAAAUCACGAUCUCGGAAAGAGCUGGAAAUCUUAUGUUUUUUUGUUCUAGAACUAAUUAUUUUGGAAGUUAUUGUCUUGUGCGUUUUGCUCGAACAUUUUUUAAAAGUAGAGGUAUUGUAUUUCCUUGUUAAAUUGGAUCCUGCAUGAAGCUUUGAUAGCUAAUUUGAUAAGGAAACAUCAAGUAUGAUUUUAAAAUCUACAUAAGUCAGGCAUCAUAAAAUCAUAAUAAGUUAUAAAAGUAUUAAAGUAAAAGUGUUAAGUAUUAAAGUAGUAAAUUAUUUUUUUUUUCUUUUUGUCAGUUAAGGAAUUAUCUUCACUUUGGUAAUAAAGUUAGUUUUUCAAUGCCUUGUUUUACAGGUUGCCCAAAGAAACUAAUAAUUCAAAUGCAAUCUUAGUCUUUUUGUUUUAAAUAACCUAAUUUUUAUAUCAAGAGGUGCACUAAGAUUGGCAGCUCAGUUUUCUGUUUGAAAGCCAUUUGCUCAAAGCUGGAGUUUUUUUGUGUAAUUAUGCAAUAAUACUUUUAUAAGUAAUUCAUAAUGUAAAAAAACAGUUUGUUUCAUUUAAGUUGAUUGAUAACCUAUUUCUGUGUACUCUUUGUAAAAAUGUACUAUUUCCAUGUAUGUCUAUAUACUUCAGACUAAAUUGGGUUAAGAGUGAGAAUUUCCCAUGAGUCAAAUCACAUGAAGUGUCAGCUUAUGGAACAAUAACCAAAAACACUCAGCAUCUCACCCAUGCUCGUUCUAUUUAUCAUAGAUAUAUUAAAGGAUAUAAAUUAUCCCAAAUUUAUUUAAUUUAAUAAUUUAAAAGUUUGGGGGAAAUCAGGCAACAGGAACCAAGUAGCCAAGGAAAAAAAAAAAAAAAAAAAAAGGUAAAAUAAAGCAAUUAAACAAAUUAGAAUGCAGGGUCCCCUGUGAAAACCCCCUUCCUCUUAUGCAGGUAGGACUUGUGAUUUCGUAAUAUUUAAGUAACAUAACGUUCACUGGACUGCAAUUCUGGGUGCAACAACAGUGCAAAAACCAAUAAAAGAUGACGAACAUGAUUUAAGCUAUCCAUUCCAGCUGCAGUUGACGAAGCAGAUGGGUUGUUUGCGUUAGCUUUUAUACUUUUAUUUUGUGAUUAAACUUGGUUCCAGUUUGUUGUCCUAAUGUAUUUUAUCCCAUUUUUAAUUUCCUUUUACCUGCAAGUGCCAGUUAACUUAGUUAACAUAACUGGUGUUCGUCUAAGUAAAGGAAACAAAAUUUUCCUCUGUUACAUUAAUCCCUGUUAUAUCUAUAUUACCAUUAACAAUUUUCAUUUUUAUUCUCAUAAAAACAAUAGCCUUUUUUUAUAAAAUUUUAAGACUAUUAAACUCAGGACAUAAAUCUAUUGCAUUCUGCAUUAAAGGACAUAAAAGUGCUCAGUAAAGUGCCUAAUGUUUCUAAUAAUAUUAUACUUUUUGCAUAUGUUAGAGCCUUGGAAGUGAAUUUUAUUUGUGUAAAUUUAGAACUAACAAUUUGAUUCAAGGGUUCCUAGCCUUUUCAUUAAUUUGUGGAUCUCCUGAUUCCCAACUUUAAGUGUGUGGACAUGUAAUAUGUAAUAUUUCUAAAUGAAAUAUUUAUUUUGUCAGAUACUAAAAAGCUACAAAAGAAUAAACAGUCUAACAAACCUAAAUGAAAUAUUUGUAAAUAUUAAAAGUUAAUAAUAAGUUAUUUCAUUAUUAUACAAGAAAUGUUAGUUACAAAUUUUUAAAAUUUUAACUGAUAAAAAUGAAACCUAUUUUUAUAUACAGAAAUAUAAAAAUAAAAUACUGUUUUAAACAACAUAUACAAAUUUAUUUUUAAGACUAUUAACUAGGUAGGCAAUAUUAAUGAAUUAUAUUAUGACCCUGAGAAUAAUCUUAAUAUUUACUAUUUGUGCAAUUUUCUUCAACUUUAAGCAUCAGAAAAUGAAUAUUGAAAAGGAAAGUGUAAAAUAAAUGUUUAAAAAAUGUAUAAAACUUUAAAAAUGGAUUUAAAAUUAAUAUUUUUGAUUUUCUUGGAGGGAGUUCAGCUGCACUGCUGCUCAUCCCUGGAGGCACCAGUGCUCGUAAGUAAUCAUGGAAAAUUAGUUUGCUAGAAUAAUGACAUUCACUAGCACAAGUAAUAAAUUUUACCAUAAAAAACCUGUUUAUUAAUGAUAUUUUAUAAUGAACCCUUUAGUUCAUAUUAUGGAUGCCCCCCCCCUUUUUUUUUUUUUUUUUUUUUUUUUAAAAUGAUUUAAACCAGUAUCGUAAUUUCUCACGUAUGAGUUUCUUUGGAUAGUCUCGGUUUUUCUUUAAUGUCCCUUUUGAAUCCAUUCUUCAGUAAGUUUGUUUUUCAUUCAUGUUAUUCUUUUUGAACCUGGAAUAUUGUAAUAAGCUGUGCACUUGGUGAUGUAAGUUUUAAUCAAGAGAUUUAGCCUCCUCAGUCAAUGCAUGAUCUGUGUGGCUACUGUAAAAACUGAUAUUAGCUUGAAUCCAGAACAGUUUUAAAUUAUGUUUUUUGCUUGGUUCUUUCCCUUUUUUGUUUUGUUUGUUUGUGACACUGUAUGAAGUAAUUUAUUUCAAUGUGUUGCACUCUGGAGGACGCCAGUGGUGCCAGUAGUACAUCCAUCAUAUAUAUAUAACAUAUUCUAGGUUUAACAUUGAAAUGAGCAGAGAUCCAACCACUAAGUAUGUUCUAGUGCACCUAGUUGAGCUUGAUAUAGAGGGUUAAUAAUUUGUAUCAUAUAAUGUUUAAUAUUGAUUUCCAGGCAGUAAAAUUAAACCAUAAAUGCACAAUCUAUAUCAUUCUCAUGCCCAGAACCAUAAGUAUAAAUCUCAGUUUUACUAGUUUUGAGAAAUAAUUUGUCAAACUAUAUACCUUGUCUUUUUGCCAGGCAUUACAAAUUUCUUCCACAUCUAAAACAUAAUUAUUUAAUGUAGUUUAAAUUGCAAUUUUAAGAGGUGAAAUACCAGCCAAUAUGAAAAUAACUUUAUUUGAGCCAGGCGAGAAGACUGGUGGUCGUGAGCAUCCAACUUUUGUGCAGUGUGCCUGAUUUCAUCUAAGCCAGGGGUUCUUAACCUUAUUCCCCGUCUGGGCACAUCUGACAAACAGGAAAUGCUGGCAGGCAUAGUAUGCAAUCAUAAGCAUCAUAAACAAUACCAUACAUUAAAAAGGUAACAAAAAAUUCAAAAUAGUACUAAUAUAGUAUAUAGCAGACAGUCGCAGGCACGGGGUUAAGAACCCUUGAUCUAAGUCAUAUUAGCGUCUCUCUUUAUAUAACUAUUGGGAUGUUAACAUCAUUCAGGAUAUUCUGAAGGGGGUACUUUUGUUGGCCAGCACACAGUAAAAGUUCUUUUACAGUAUUUUAAAAUUCCAUCUAUUGUUUUAUUUUAUAAAUAUGAAAUGUUCUAUAAAAUUCAGCUUCUCAUCUAGAAUUACAACAAAGUUUUUAAGUUUAAUAAAUUUAAUUUUAUGAUAAUUAAGCUUCAGCUCAGGUGGCCUGUUUAACUUGCCACCCUAAGGAGAAAAACAAGACAAAACUUUCUCAGUGUUAAAUCUAAUUCCUUUUUUAUGUUACUGUUAUACACUUUAUUAAGAAUAAAUCCAAUUUUAUUAAAAAUGUGAUCAGUUUUUUUUUUCCUUCUCCUAGUGAGGAACUGUAAAUUAACAGCAAUAUGGCAUCAGCAUAUCAAAAAAUUUUUGUAUUUGGCACAUUAAUUUUAUCAAUAAAUUUAUUUGUGAUAAGGCUUCAGAACAUAGUGACACUACAGCAACCCUGUAGGCAUUUUUUUUUUUUUUUUUUUUUUUAACUUUGUAAAUAUCUUCUUCAAUUUCAGUUAAAUAAAUAGAUAUUAUAUCAUUAAAAUAAUUUACCAAAAGCUCAUAUAAGAAAUCUACAUUUUUUAAAACAGAGAGCAAGAGCAAGAAUGACCAUAUGAUGCAGUCAAAGGUGCCAUAGCUGUAUACAGAACCUGAUAUGUGAUCUCUUUAAGAAUGGAUAUCAUUAGGAUUUUUUUUUUUUUUUUUUUUUUUUUUUUUUUUAAAGUUUUGAGAAAGACACUGAAGCAUUUAUUGUAUAGAAUCAAAAGAAAAUGAAGGCUAUUCUGUGUAUAAAAUUUUUAAUAAAUGUAUCUGCAAUAUCAUGAGCGCACUCCUAGUUUUUGAACUUCCAAUUCUAUUAAUGUAAACAUUUACUCUGUUUAAAAAUUGUAUCCUGGUAAGUGUUUUUUCCCCCAUCCUGCAGUCUUCUUUCCGAAUAAAGUUUUAUUUACCAGUUCAGUAUAUAAUUCUUUAUGAAAAAAAAGUUCUAAUGUGUCAUAUUUGCUGGUCAAGAUUUUUAUCUUUAUCUGAACAUUCAGAAGUGAUUAUAGUUGUAAUUUUUAUUCAGUUUGACUAGUGAAAAUAUAAAAUUCUUGAUGUUGAAAUUAAAAAAAAAAAUUAUAAUUAUAUUUUUGUCUCACUGUAUGAGUAGUUAUUUCUCACAUACUGUAAUAUGCAAAUGGUUUUAAGCAUAGGAAAGCCUGAAACGUUCUAUUUGUUAAAGUAAUAUUUUCAGUGCUAUCAAUUUUUUCUGCAGUAAUUUUACUUAAUUUAAUAUGUGAUCGAACUUAUAUGGGGGGGGGGUAUGUAUGUGUAUAACUUAGCUUAAAUUAACCUUUUAGCUAAUAAUGUAUGACUGUUUGCAACUUGAUCAAAAAAUUGCUAUAAAAAUUUUUGGAUUAUGCUUAUUCAUAAUUUAAAAUUUAUUAUUUUAUUUUCCAGUGUCGAAUCACAUAUUGAUCUCUGCCUUUAGGUACAAAAUGUAUCUAAAUAAAUUAGAUUUUUUUAAAAAAUAUAUUAUUAAAGUUGCAAAUUUCAUUUCCUCUGAAUAUUCUUAAAGGAGAGGUAUUUUUUUCAUUUAAAAUAAUUGUAUUUCUUUAUGAACAUCUAAAAAUAUAUUUAUUUAUGUGAUUAAAAAUAUAUUUGUGUUAGUGAAGUUGUUUGUAUAAGAAGUAGGUAUAACAUGAAUGCCCUUAAUUAAGCAGUCAGAAUGCAUGUGAAAAUAAAUCUGCUCCCCACCCCCCGAAAAAAAAAAGGAUCUGGUUGAUAUUUUCAUUGUGAAAGAUUCGAGGAUGUGUUUUUAUUUACUUUUUAAAUGCACGUUAAAUUGCAUAUCAGAUUCUUAUGUUGAGAAGGAGAAAUUUAUUCAUUUAAAUCAUUCUGAUGUAUCAUUAUACAUUGGCAGAAUUCAACAGUACUGUUAACAACAUGCAUCAAAAUUUCUUGGAGGGUUAAAAAAUGCUGGAGAGGAAAUUAAAACUGUUUUGAUAAUUUUUUUAAUACAUAUAGGGGCCAUAGUGAUUGCUUUUUAUCUUCUUGAUUACAUUUUAUAGAAUCGGAACCUUUUUAUUUAAGAAUGAUUAAAUUUAGAUACUAUUUUCAAUGGUUGUAUAUCUGAUCUGUGUGCAGUAAAGAGAAUCUUGCUGAAAUCAUUCCAUAUAUCCGUGUGUCAUAAAAAGAUCAGAAUAUAUAUCCAUAUUUCAAUUUUAUUUUAGAAAAUUAAUUCCAUAUGAAGAUAAUACUGGAGGAUUUAUUGCAAUGAUUAGUGGAUGUCAAUACUUGUUCAUUCAACCAUAUUCUGAACAGAACAAUUAAGAAAUUAAUGUAAUUUAUUUUUGUUAUAUUUAUUAUUGUGAUAUCAUCCCUUUCUUCAUCCACCGCCUCAUAGAGAAAUAACUCCAGCCUUUUGUAUUUUUAAAAUUUAUUUCACAAACACAAAACUAAUACUAAACUACAAUACUAAUAACUGAAAUAUAUAAAGUAAUACAAGUUAAUUUCGUUUUCAUUAAUGGCUUCCACGAGCCUUCCCUAUGACCUCUCUGUCGGUCUCUCCCUCUUGGAAACUAAACUUUUGGCGCCUCUCCAGACUGACAGUUAGCGCCCUCUAUACGUCUUGUUGGUUGGCGUCACCAUAAUUUGUCAUAUUUCAAUAGGCUUUCACCCUAUUUCAAUCUUGGAUGGGGGGUGUGACAGAUUUAGCUUGAAAAAUUCUAGAGAAUAUGGAAUUAAUUUAUAUCCAUGUGCUUUUAUCUUCAUAAAUUUUAUUUAUCUUAUAAGUUUCAUUUUCAUAAUAUAGUAAUGUCCUACAUAAAUAUAAAUACUGAUGUAAAUAAUGCAUGCCAGAAGUAUCCAACAUUAUAAACUGUAAUAAAUGAAACAUUUAAUAUUUGCAUUUUAAUGUAUUUCACACACAUGAAACAGGAGAUUUUUAUUUUUUAGGGAAAUAUUUUUAUGUAAUCUGUGUGAGUUAUUUCUUUCCUUAUCAAAUCAAUCAGUAUUUCUUUCUUCAUUUCAUUUAAAUGCUUGUUUCAGCUUAAGUAUAAUUCAGUCCGUCUUGUUGCCUAUAAAUGCUGAAGGAAUAUUUUGAUUUUUUGGUUGCUGUAAAUAUAGUGUUUGAUGAUAGAAACUGAAAUUUUCAAUCAAGGUGAAAAUUCAAGAUGGAUAACCGGGUACAUUAAGUGUAGCGUUACAUUUGAGUACCAAACCUGGAGAAAAUAUGAAAGCCCAUGAAAUUAAACAAUUUAAAUCCAUUGCAGCCUAGGAAUUUUUCAGUAUUUGUUACUAUAGGGGUUUUUGGAGUCUUGAAAAUCUUGCUGUGCUAUCAAAGUCAUACGGAUUUGGUGAUGAGAUAUUGAAUGAUAAGGUGCAAGUUACUGAUCAAAACACUUCAUGAUGUUUUAGCUCCAUUGUAAUUAUUCAUGCAUUAUACUCUGCUGAAAACUGAAAUGAGUUGUACAUCAUUUUUUAACAGUUGAAGCUAUUUUAUUUGUAGAACUUGCUUCCAAAUCAUUUGGUAACUGAUUUAUGAAUUAUCUUCAAAUUUAUUUACCCAAUUUGCAUAAUAGCUGAUUCAACAAUCAGAAAUUCAAGAAUUGGACAAUCAUCAAUGAUCCAUGAAAUGCAUAACUAAAGCAGCAUAGUAGUGCUUUCAUUUUUGUAAGUUUUGAGACUGGGCUGUAGCAAGCAAUUCGUUUAGAGUGAAGCCUUCCUGAGGUGACUAACCAGGGUUCCAGAUAAGUGUGUUAAGUACUGUUAUUAAAUUAUGAUUUGGAAAUGCUGCUUGUUUUCUGUGGUUGUUGAUGUGAAAAGUCUCAUUGUAAUUUAUUUUUGUAUUCUUCCAGCAUAUCUCUUACUUUUCUUUUUGAAAAUGUAAGUAGCUAAAAUUUCUAAACAUUGUGAACUUUUAUUUGGAAUGCUAAAAUAAGUUCGUAAGCAAAAUCCUUCUCGGGAAUACCAGAAUGAAAAUAUGUGAAUAGUUCAUCAUUAUAUUAAUAAGGAAUAUUAGGUCUUGCAAUUUUCUGUAUCUGAGAUCUUUUCUUGAAACAUGGCUUCAACAAGACUGCAUAUUGCUGGUUAAUAAUAAUCUCCAUAUAGUGCUAUAGAAAAGCAGAUUUCUGCUGGCUUUAUUUCUUACAAACUAGGCUCUACUGAUAGCAGAAUCCCUGUUGAAUGUCUUUUAUAUUUAAAAAUAAUGAUAAACUGGCAAUUUUUUUUUAUUUACAAUUAUUAAUUAUGAAGCCAAAGGGGAGAAUCUUAACCACCAUAUAUCUCUGCAAGCACCGUGUCAGAGAGCUAUUGUACGGCUACCCAAUAUAUAGCUAGUGAUUAGAUUCUCUGAAAGAAAAUGUAUAAAUUUAAAUAUUAUUGCUAUUAAAGAGUAAUUUUAUUUCAAUAUGCUGUUUUGACUAAUAUGUAUAGGCACUCUGGCAUGCAGUCUGCUUUCAUUGUAAUUUUUGCAGUAAAUGUGCCUUUAAACAUAAAAUUUAUCAUUUAGCUGGUUGCUAUAUUACUUAAUCACUUUUAUAGUUCAAAACAUUUCGCCCUUAAGCUGUAUUUGCUUUCAAUUUUAAUAAUUAUUUGUAAAUGUAAAAAAUUCCUGUUUUCUUAUUGUGUCAAAUUUUAUGAGUUUUAUAGCAUGUGGUGUGUUUUGAUGAAUGGGACCACAUAUUUUGCAGCUAAUGAGGUUGUUUCCAAAAGGUUGUUUAUAUUUUUUUUUAAAUUGUAUAAUUAUAUGUUGUUUAGAUAAAUUUCCUUUACGUCCUUCAUUUUAUGGAUAUGUUUUAAAUUUUUCCUAUUUUGAUUAAAACAUGUAAUCUUUUAAGUAACUAAAUCUAUUUGUGGAUAAUUUUUUUUUAAAUGAUGACUAUUAUAUAUAAUUUUUUAUUUUGAGAGAAAUGAAAACUGUAAUCUAUGUUCGAGACAAAUUUUACAUUUAUGAUAACUUAUAGAUUUUAAAAUAUCAUUAGAAGCCCUAAAUGUUCAUUAUGUAGUUUUUCAAAGGUAUGCAUUUCUUAUAACUUAACAUUUCCAUCUUGCAAAACAUAAAAUCGAAUUUGAAAUGAAGUAGUGACUACUGAGUAAAUGUCUUUUUGUAAAAUAUUCAUGUUAAAAUAGUAGUUUAAAAGACAUUAACUUUUUUUUUUUUUUUUUUUUUUUUUUUUUUCUGUGGCAAAAAUAUUUUUAAGAUACUUGAUGUAUGGAUAAAUUUUACAAAUCUGUGCCUGAAUCUGUGUUUUGUGCAUAGAAUUGCCAUUUCAUAAUAUGAAUGCAUUUAGUGUUUGCAGCUUCGUUUCCCAGAAAGCAAAUUCAUAUUGUUUGAUAUUGUGCCAUAUUAUGUCUAGGAAAGCGUGCAAUAAAUCAUGCUGCUGAAUAAUUAGUCAUAUCUUUUAUAGUGCAUGAUUUAAAAAACAAAUACACCUCCUCUUAAACUGUGUGCAUUUUAACGACUAAUAUACUUCUCCCUUUUGUUAAUGAAGGGUUGUCUUUAUAUGUUAUUUCUAUUUAUAGUUUAAAAUGUUCACUAAAAAAGUAUCCAAAAGAAAUAUUUAAUAACAAAUUUCAGCCAUUACUUGGCAUUAUAUUUAGUAAAAAGUAGAUGAAUGGAUUUCAGCAGAUAACAGCAAAGAUUGCCCUUCUAGAGAAACAGGAUUAUUUUGUGAAGUCUUACUGCUUUAUUCCAUAAAUUAACACUGAAUAAUUUGUGCUGUUUAUUAAGAGAAAUAAGGAGAAAUACAAAGGAUGGGUUUAUGAGAUGAGUCCUGUGAAAACUAUUGAAUUUUGAAUCGAUGUCGGUAAAGUGGGUGCCAAAAUUAUUUAUUCAAAAUAACACCAAAUGAUAGUUGAAUUUUACAAAUUAUUAAGUUCAGGGAAUGCAUGUUACACCCAUUAUUAAAGAAAUGAAAGUUAAAAUUUGUAAUUAAUCUAUUUUCAGAAACAUUGUUUCUCUUCUUAAAGUUGACAAGAAAAACUACCACACUGGUGUUAUUAAAUAUUGAAUUCAUAGUGGAGCAUAAUAUAUUUUAGCUUUCAUAUAAUUGUUUACUUUUUCUUAUUAUACUUGUUUGAAAUAUUGUGCCUUUAGUGUACACGAUUUGAGAAAUAUGCCAAAAAUCAAACUGAUGAACAAAGUUUUAAUGUUCUCAGAAUGAAAAUGUGUAUAGUUGUGUAAAUUCCCAAGUGUAACUAUUUUAUUAUUGUGCUAGAACAUGUAUAUAAUGCUGCCUUUUGUAAAAAUAUUGGUAACUUAGCAGAUCUAAGAGUUUAUUGAGAUAUUCUGUAAAUGCAAAUAUUUACACUUGGUUUUAUUUCAUUGAUUCAUUCAUUAAUGUUCUGUAUUUAUUUUGAAUUAAUAUAAAUUGAAAAAUAAAGGUCAUAAUUCACAAAUAUAA